AUGCUUCGGGAUUUCCAUGGAGCUGAAAUGUCCGGAAUACCAAACAAAUUGCUCUGGGCUAUGUGCGAUUCUCGCCGAACUCGUAUUGAUUUCAGACAAGGGGGGGGGGGGGGGGGGGGGGGGGGGGGGGGGGGGGGGGGGGGGGGGGGGGGGGGGGGGGGGGGGGGGGGGGGGGGGGGGGGGGGGGGGGGGGGGGAGGGGGGGGGUGGUGGGGGGGGGGGGGGGGGGGGGGUGGUGGGGUUGGGGGGGGGGGGGUUGGGGUGGGGGGGGGGGGGGGGGGGGGGUUGGGGGGGGGGGGGGGUGGGUUGGGGAGAGUGUGGGGGGGGGGGGGGUUUGGUGGGGGGGGGGGGGGGGGGUGGGGGUGAUUGGGGUGGAUGUGGUUGUGAUUGUUGGGGGUUGUAUGGGGGGGUGGUUGGGAUGGGUUGGGUGUUGUUGUAA